AUGAGAAGCAAUAGCGGUUCUACUUCACACGUCAAUUUUGCAGUUGGAGCUUCAAACGCCGAGUUGAGGAACUUAUCACUGGCACCAAGCAUACAAAGAUCUUUCAGUAUUCCUGCUGAAAAAUCAUCUCAAUCUAUUUUGAAUCCAGCUGAACAAACAGACAGUGGCAGUGGAGCUGGAUCCCAAGUGGAAAUGAAUUCUAGCAUACGAAAGGAACUCCCGGCAGACCUUUUUACUGCAAGUUACUCAUCAGCCCCUGGACAAGCUUCAGGCUGGCAUAUUGCUCCAGCUCAGGGAAUGGGGUACAACAUGCAGUAUUACCCUACCGCGACGCCGGCUCUAGCAAUUCCGGGUCCAGCAAAACCAAAAAACCCGUUUGAUCUUAAUGAAGAAAAAAGCCUAGUAACUUCCACACAUUUUCCUUCCAUGUCUUCAUUGCAAGGAGCUCUGACUAAUGCUCCAGUACCAGGCUUGAUGCAUGCUUCGAGCCUUCCUACUAUGUCGCAAUUUGAGUCUAAUGAAUCCAUGACGAUGCCUUCGCACUCGCCUUCGUUCGCAAAUGCUUUCUCUCCGAGGGCAUACAUGGGGCAUCAAUUACCUAAUAAUGUGCAAUUUUUAAGACCGCAGGGAGUUGGCGGCUUUGGCAGGGACGAAGCUGCUUUUGGAUCCCUAACCACAACUCAGCAAUCAUUUCAGCAACCAAGCGUCAGAUACCCAGCACCCAGCAGCAGCAGCACCUUAGACACUUUUUCUCCGAUGAGAGGAAACCCAUUUGGAUGAUCGAAAGUUAUUUCGGCCUCCAAGCAUCUUCAGGAGGAAGUCUGCAUCCAUAUGGAGGGAAGUCUUCAGGAGAGAGCACCUCCAAGCAUCUUGUUAAAAAUCAGUUAAUAUGUUCUCACAUCACAGCACUAUUUUGUAUAUUAUUAAAACAAAAGUAUAUUGGAAGUAAGAGGGAUGCUUCUGUUGAAUU